AUGAGAGAGCCCUCGCUAUCGCCGCUGCCAACUUUGCCGACGCCUUCAAUCGCGCCAAGACAUUACCCUCGCUGUCGCGCGGCGCGGGCAAGUAGGACUGGACUGCCGGGGUCGUUGGGUGGUGGGAGAGGCAAGCGCGCGCCUUGUCGCUUUCUAGUCGCUUCUGUUGGGGCUGUGCACACGUCUGCUUACGUAUUUAUUCUGACUUGCGAAAUCGUCCCCCCCCCCCCCCCUCCCCUCUAUGUUAUGUAUUGUCUUAUAUCCCACUCUAUUGCUUUGUGUUUGGGCUCGCGUCGGCCGUCGUAG